UUCGCUUUCCAACGCCCCGCUUACUGCAAGAGGAAAUCUCUCUCUCUACUCUCUCUCUCUACUCUCUCGCCUUUUUUUUGGGCCUUCGUUCGUUUCAUUUCCCGGCGACCCUUCGCCGCGAAAAAGGUGAAAUCGCCACCCUCCUCCUCCGUCCCUUCCUCCGCCGGCGGCCGGCGAUCACUACCGGCACACGCUCAACCUUCGCACGGAGCUCUCGCACCUUGGACCUCACCGCUCUUCAGCUGAAACAACCCCCGCGAGAGCAACACUCGAACGAUAACGCCGCCUUGGGCUUUGCAUGAUCACGACGGCCCCCUCCUCUCCCCGCACCGAACCGUAAGCGGUGACUCAUUGGGAAAAGGGUCGCGGCUUCACCCCGCGACGAAGCCUGGAGAGAGAGAGAGAGGGGACCGAGCGGGACGCGAUGAAUCGCAUCGCCUGACUAGGCGCGGUAGGGGGGAGCCCCUCGGGUGACCGAUCGUUAGUGAUUGGCGGCGGCGCGGCGGCGUGGGCGGCGAGGAGGCGCGGGCGAUGGGGAGGAUGGGGGCGGGGGCGAUGGCGGUGGUGGGGUUGGUGGCGGUGGCGGCGGUCGCGGUGGCGGGGGUGGCGGUGGGCAGGAGGGUGAGGAGCAGGCGGAGGUGGAGCAGGGUUUUGGGAGUGUUGAGGGAGCUCGAGGAGGCGUGCGAGACGCCGGUGGGGCGGCUGAGGCAGGUGGUGGACGCUAUGGCCGUUGAGAUGCACGCGGGGUUGGCUUCCGAGGGUGGCUCGAAGCUCAAGAUGUUGCUCACUUUCGUCGAUACUCUCCCCAACGGGAAUGAAAAAGGAAUUUAUUAUGCACUUGAUCUUGGGGGCAUCGAUUUUAGGGUCCUCCAGGUUCAGCUGGGAGGUGGAAGGUCCUCAACCUUGCCUCAUUAUGUGGAACCACAACCCAUUCCCCAACAUUUGAUGACCGAUACGAGUGAGGAUCUUUUUGACUUUAUAACCAAUUCACUCAAGGAUUUUGUUCAGAGAAAAGAGAACAUUUUUGGAUAUUCACCAGAGAAAAGAAGGGAACUUGGAUUCACAGUCUCAUUUCCUGUGAAGCAAACUUCUGUUUCAUCCGGGAUUUUAAUCAGAUGGACAAAGGGAUUUGCUAUUCAUGACAUGGUUGGAAACGAUAUCGCUGAAAGUUUACAACUAGCAUUGACGAGGAAUGGCCUAAAUAUGCGAGUUGUAGUGUUGGUGAAUGACACGGUUGGAACACUAGCUCUCGGACAUUAUCAUGAUCCGGACACGGUUGCUGCAGUAAUCAUUGGAACGGGUACAAAUGCCUGCUAUGUUGAGCGAACAGAUGCAAUUAUUAAAUGCCAGGGUCUUGGCACAACUUCUGGGUUUAUGGUUGUGAACAUGGAAUGGGGAAGUUUCUGGUCUUCUCAUCUACCAAGAACUUCUUAUGAUAUCGAUUUAGAUGCUGAGAGUCCCAACCCCAACGAACAGGGUUUUGAAAAAAUGAUAUCUGGAAUGUAUCUGGGAGAAAUUGUGAGGAGAGUGAUCCUCAGGAUGUCCCAAGAGUCAGAUAUUUUUGGUGCCUCUUUGUCAAAAUUGUCAAUUCCAUUCAUUCUGGGAACUCCAUCAAUGGCCACUAUGCACGAAGAUAACUCCCCAGAUUUGAGAGAAGUAGAUAAAAAAUGGAGAGAGAUGCUGGAAGUUCCGGAAGUCCCUAAAAAAGUACGGAAGCUGAUCGUGAAGGUAUGCGAUGUAGUAACUCGCAGGGCCGCUCGCCUGGCUGCUGCCGGCAUCGUGGGGAUCUUGAAGAAAACAGGUCGGGAUGGUGGAAGCAUCCCCAGCGGAAGAAGUAGAGGAGAUGCCAGGAUGAGAAGAACGGUCGUGGCGAUAGAAGGUGGUCUGUACACCAGCUACACCAUGUACAGAGAAUAUCUGCUCGAAGCCUUGAAAGAGAUUCUGGGGGAAGACGUCGCACGACACGUCGUUCUCAAAGUCACCGAAGACGGUUCGGGCCUCGGAGCCGCCCUCCUCGCGGCCUCGCAUUCGUCGACACCACCCAACACUGUGGAUAGCGUACAGAUGCCUUAGAAAACAUCACAGUUUGUUUAUAUUACUACAGGCCCUUGUAAAUUCAGUGCCAUGCCAUCUUUGCAUUUUCUUUGAAUCUUAGGUGAAAUUCUGUUCAUAUUACCAUAUGUUCAUUGGAUUGGCUGGCUUUGUUCUGCUGUAUAUUAGUGCCAACAAUUUUGAAUGACCUUGUGACAAAGUUACUAUUCUCUCUCGAUUUUUCUCAA